UCUGUGCUGUUUUUUUUGCUAGAGAGAGAGACAGAAAGAGAGAGAAAGAGAGAGAGAGAGGGAGAGAGAGAAAGAUAGUACUCACUCCUAUGCUAUGCUAGGGGACUCAGCAGUGUUAGGAACAGGAGGAGGAGGAGGAGGAAGCUCAGGAGAUGGAGCAGGAGCAUCAGCAUCAGCCGGAGCUUAUCAUGACGGCGGCGACACGGUGGCUGGUGGCGGUGGAUCAAUUUCAGGAGAUGAUGAAAGAGGAGGUGGUAGUAGAAAUGAAGAGGGUGGUGAUAGAAAUUUUGGUGGUAAUAGAUGGCCAAGACAAGAAACUAUUGCUUUGUUGAAGAUAAGGUCUGAAAUGGAUGUCACUUUUAGAGAUGCAAGUGUUAAAGGUCCCUUAUGGGAUGAAGUUUCAAGGAAAAUGGCAGAUCUUGGAUAUCACAGAAAUUCCAAAAAAUGCAAAGAAAAAUUUGAGAAUGUUUACAAGUAUCACAAGAGAACCAAAGAAGGAAGAGGUGGAAAAUCAGAAGGCAAAACUUAUAGAUUUUUUGAUCAAUUACAAGCCCUUGAAAAUAACCCUUCAAUUCAAUCACCAAGGGUGCCACAAACACAGUUGAAUAUUUCAACAUUACCUCCAACAACACCUUCAUCAUCAUCAUUACCAAUUUCAACUACAUCAACUACACCUACAACCACAAAUCCAUUGCUAUUGCCACCUUCUAUUACUAUUCACACCCCUUCCAUCACCACCACCGCCGCGGCCACCACUGUUCCAUCGACAACCACAAUUACACCACCAAUAGCAAUGUCUUUACCUCAAGUUCAAAACGUUGUCUCACAAUCCAACCCUACAUAUUUUCCAUCAAUACCACCCACAACAACAAUAAUAGCUACAAACACCAAUAACCAAAUUACCAUUACACCUCCACCAUCUUCAUUUCCCAACAUUUCAACUGAAUUCUUUUCGAAUUCGAGUUCAUCUUCAACUUCUUCAGAGGAAACAACGACAAUGGAAGGCGGGGGAAACCGGAGGAAACGGAAGAGGAAAUGGAAGGAUUUCUUUGAGAGACUAAUGAAGGAAGUUGUUGAGAAACAAGAGGAGCUGCAUAAGAGAUUCUUGGAAGCUAUUGAGAAAAGAGAAUUGGAGAGAGGUGCUAGAGAAGAAGCUUGGAGGUUGCAAGAGAUGCAAAGGAUUAAUAGAGAAAGGGAAAUUCUGGCUCAAGAGAGAUCUAUUGCUGCUGCCAAAGAUGCUGCUGUUAUGGCUUUUUUACAAAAGAUUGCUGAUCAGCAACAAGAGCAACAGCAAAAUAUCGGUGUUCCUGUUGCAUUGAACACCAGCAUUGCUCCUCAACAACAGCAACCGCCACAAGAACCGACACCAGCACCAGCAUCAGCACCAGCACCAGCACCAGCACCGACGCCAACACCAAUGCCGACUCCGACUUCAGCACCUGCAUCAGCACCAGUGUCAUUGCCGAUAACAAUACAGCCACAGCAACAAGUUCAAACUCCGACUUCAGUAGUGCAAGUGCAACAAACAGCACCAGCAGCACCAGUUAUUUCUCAGGCUUCACCGCUGCCGCAACAACAACAGGUUCAGGUUCAAGUUCAGCGGCAAGCAAAUAUGGACAUUGUGAAAAGUGACAACAAUGGUGAGAGUUUGAUGCAAGCAAGUUCAUCAAGGUGGCCGAAAACCGAGGUUGAGGCAUUGAUAAGGCUGAGAACAACUCUUGAUAUGAAGUAUCAAGAAAAUGGACCUAAGGGGCCAUUAUGGGAGGAGAUUUCAGGGUUGAUGAAGAAUCUGGGGUACAAUAGGAAUGCAAAGAGGUGCAAAGAGAAAUGGGAGAAUAUCAACAAAUACUUCAAGAAAGUGAAGGAGAGCAACAAGAAGAGGCCAGAAGAUUCAAAGACAUGUCCGUAUUUUCACCAACUCGAUGCUCUAUAUCGGGAGAAGAACAAGGGCGAAGGCACCAGCGCGUCAAGGCCCGAGGGAACAAUGAUGGCACCAUUGAUGGUGCGGCCAGAACAGCAAUGGCCUCCACAGCCACAACCGCCACCAGUAACUGGGGCAGAUGUGACCAUGGAGGAUGCUGAGAAUGACCGGCCUCACCGUGAUGAUGAAGAGUAUUAUGACGAUGACGACGGUGAUGAAGAAGAUGAAGACGAAGGAAGUGACAACUAUGAAGUGGUUGCAAGCAAACCACCACCACCUCAAUAAAAGAGAAGUAAAUAAUGAUUGAAAUCAAUCAUAGCAAUGAGGCUCUAGGUGGGGGUCCAAAUGAGUGCAUGGUCUAUUGUAAAAAGUGGUGGCAUGCAGCGGAAUACGGUGGCAACAACGGCGGCAUUAAUGGUGGUUGGUUAUUCAAAUUUUUGAAUUUAUACAUAGGGGUAGAGUGGUGUGAGGAAUCUUUAAACUGAAGUAUUUGAUACAGUGGUACUAUAAUCAGUAAGAUUAUAUGUUUUUUUUUUCAAAACCGGAAAUAAUUAAUUAUUUUUUGAGCUAAAUAAAUAAGUUAAUAAGGGAAAUGGGAAUUUAAGAUAGAAGUUCAGACAAAAUGAAUAAUAGAGGAAGAAACCUUGAAUAAUGUUAUUGUACUUUUCUUUAUAUUUUUUUUUCUUUCUGUUUUCAUGUUUAUGGUGGUGUAAAUGGGAAAAAACCAUUGAUUGGGGGGAUUUAUUGUUUUCUUCUUUAUAUUAGAUUUUAUUUUAUUUUUCAGAAA